AUGAGUUCCUCUAAGCAGCUGUUUACUGAUGAAGCUCAACCUCUGAAGCGUAGCAGCAGUUAUGAAAUCAUGCCUCCUGACAUGUCUGAGCUGAGGGUCGUUGUGCUGGGGAACAGCUGGUCUGAGAGGAGUUCAGUGGGGAACUUCAUACUGGGAAAGACUGAGUUCAACACUGAGGAAGCACCAGACUGCUGUCUGAGAGUCAGAGGACAGUUGAAGGAGAAAGAAAUAGUUCUCAUCAACACCCCAGAUCUGCUGCUUCCAAACAUCUCUGAAGACAAACUUACAGAGUUUAUAGAAAACUGUGUGAGUCUCUCUGAUCCUGGACCUCAUGUGUUCCUGUUGGUUCUACAUCCUGAAGACUUCACUGAGGAACACAAAAAGAGGCUACAAACAAUCCUUGAACUUUUCAGUGAUCAAUCAUUUGAUCAUUCACUGAUACUGAUAUCACCACACAGAGAGGAGAGUUCAGGUUUCAUGGAAAACUACAUGAACCAUCCACCCUUAAAAGAAAUGAUCAGAAUGUGCAGAUACAGAUAUUUAAAGCAGAAGAACCUUGAACUUCCAGAGCUGUUAACACGAUUGGGUCAAAUUGUCAAAGAGAACAAUGGAGAACAUCUGAGCUGUGACGUAUGUAAGAACUCAGCAACUGCUUUACCUGAUGACCAACCAAAUCCAACACAAAUGGAAAACAUUUUGGAUGCUGAUGAAACCGCCGGGACAUCCAGGAUGGAAAGUAGCACUUCAUACCACUGUAAGUAA